AUGGCCAGCGGCCAAGCAAUAAGAGGGCUGGUUACGAAAGUCUCUCGAUCUAUCCGAGCUGUCCUGCGCUGCGUAGGGGGGAGCAGAGAAUCCCAGGAAGGAUCGCAACGUGCCCUUCUUUUGCUGAGCGAGCUUCUCGAUCUUCUCUGUCGACUUCAAGAUCAGUUGGCCUGGGCAGAGGAAAAAUGGAUUGUGGAUUCAGGACGUCUGCUGAGCCUCAAAGAAGGUCUUCAUUGCUUUGAAUCGACAAUUGAGGCAAUUGAGAUUUAUUUCCAGCCAGGUGGUGUCAGCGCACGUCUUUUCAGGAAACGUUUGCUGGAGGACACAUUCAUGCCGAGACUCGAGCAUUUCAAAGCCAUGAUGGUUCUAGCCAUGCAGCCCGAAUCCAAAGAAAAGAACCGUGCCGAAGAAAAGCUUCGACAAAUAAUCCGUCAGUAUCAGGAACUAGAUUCAGACUCCAUCAAAGCCAACACCCCAAGUUGCGAAGAUUUCAGCCACAUUACAUCUCAACUUACAACUAAAAGCUUUAUGAGAUUGGCACAAUUUUGCAAUCAAAGACAGAAGGGAACCUGUGACUGGAUAUUCGAGAAUGAGAUCUACAAUAGGUGGUUUUUCGGUUGCUGUCGGACACUUUGCUGUGUUGCACCAGCUGGGGCUGGCAAAACCUUUCUAGCAUCUGCAAUCAUUGAUAAUUUGCAGCGGACCUUCAAUUCUCCUGAUGUUGCUAUUGUGUUCAUAUUUGGCCAAGAUGAGACAGAAGACGGCUCAGCUUCGAUUGGUUUCUUAGACAAGAUUCUUGCUCAACUUGUAUAUCGAAAGCGGACACCAUCCCAUGCAACUACCGCUUUGUACAAAUCUACCUCCUUUCAAAACGGUGGGGCUUCUGCCAAGGCCUUUCAAGAUGCAAUUCGAGCGGAGGUCAAUCAAUUUUCUCGGGUGUUCUUCGUCAUCGACGGCAUUGACAGUCAAUCUGAGAAGGAGCGUAUUCUGAAUCGCCUCCAAAAGCUUCCCGAGCACGCUCAACUUCUAGUUACGAUGCGAGAGGCGAGGUAUGCUUCGAAAGACGAGCAUGUCUCAUUUCUCGCUUCUGAAAAUGAUAUCGGGACAUAUGUCAGUGCACGAAUUGAUCAAGACGAAAGCCUAGGCUCCUUGCUCAACCAAUAUCCGUCGGAGUUAAGAGCCGCAGUGGUUAAACAGGUUGUUCAAAAGUCACAUGGCCUUUUUCUUCUAUCUAGACUUCAUGUGGAUCUGCUAUCGCGCUGUAACGAUGGGAUUUUGCUUCAGAGAGCGCUUUUUCAUUUACCGGAAAACUUGCAUGACGCCUAUGGCGAGUCUAUGACUCGAAUAGUCAGUCAGAAUCAUUAUGCGAGUCGAUGUCUGUACUGGGCUUUAUACGCAUGUAGGCCUCUGACUGUCUCUGAAUUGAAUUUUGCGGCAAACUUUGAACCGCUCAGCGGAACAACUACGAAAGACCAAUCAUCCACUGAGCAAGCACUAUUAAAAGAGACUGCGGGCUUGCUGGCUAUUGACCCCAUGACUGGGCUAGUCCAUCUUGUUCACAAGACAGCCAAAGAAUAUCUGGGUGGCCCGGCAGCAAGAGUCUUCUUCCCGACUGCUAAGAAAAAUAUUGCAGACACCUGCCUUACCAUCAUAACCUCAGAUGAAGUGGUGGAUGACUGCUACGCCACCAGCACAAGUAAUGUUCGACAGCCUCGGGCCAACUUGCUUGACUAUGCUACCACUUUCUGGGGUCAUCAUGCGCGAGAAGUGAGCGAGGAUGAGCAAACUACGCAAGUUCUCAUCCGUGCUUUUCUUAAUAAGCUUUGCUGGAGAAGGCCACCUGGUGAAGUUCCUCUAGUCCCUGGGACGGAAAUUCCGAAGCAACUGGGAUUUGGGCGGUAUUUUGCCGAUUGGAGUGCUUUGCAUGUCCUCGCUUAUUUCGGAAUCAUGGGCAAAGCAAAGCGAUUAAUCGAACAAGGCGCCAACAUCAGCGAUAAUAAUAACCAGCUCGGCAUUACAGCUCUUCAUUGUGCAGUUCAUCGAGGACAUGAGGAAAUGGUCGAACUUUUGCUCGAGAACAAAAUCAAUCUUAACGCUACAAGCAAAGAAGAAAAUACCGCUCUGCAUGUGGCUGCCGAACAGGGUCACCGCAAGAUAAUCAAGCUUCUACUCCAUCGCCGAAUCAACUCUCGAACUUCCAAUAAACAGGGACUAACAGCACUUCAGCUGGCUGUUGGAACUAUUCAUGAUGAAGCAACCGUUCCACUUCUCAUAAAAAGUCGAUUUGACAUGGAUGUUCAGAAUACCUUAACGGGGAAUACUGCGCUUCAUCUUGCAGUGGAGCUGAAAAGGCCGAGAAUUAUCUCCUUCCUGCUCGAAAAGGGUGCCAACACGAACAUUCUGAAUAGAGAUGGCAUAACCCCACUACAAUUAGCCUGCAGGAUUGACAACUGCGAGGCGGUUUCACUAUUGCUGGAACGCGGUACAAAACUGGAUGUUCGCUCAUCUAAUGGCGAGACUGCAUUACAUGUGGCCGCAGCCGCUGGAAAUUGGGCAGCCUUUGAUCUUAUCAUUACUGGAGGUGCAGAUAUCAAUAUUUGGGAUGGAGAAGGGGAGUCCUUGUUGCACAGACAAGCGCGGACGGCUUCAACAGUAUCGAUUGCCGCCCAUUUGCUUUCAAAGGACGCAAAUAUUGAGGCUUGCAACUCAAAGGGAUAUACCCCCUUGCAGUAUGCAGCUCUUGCUGGGAACAAAACAAUGUUUCUUUUCUUGGUGGCUGAGGGCGCAAAUAUGGAUGUUCACACGGCGAAGGGCGAAACCCUCCUUCACAUCAUACCCCCCCUGAACCAAGAUUGCCUUGAUAUUCUUACAACACUCCUCGCCUUGAGAUUUGAUGUCAAUGCCAUCACAUCCAGUGGCCUUACACCGUUACAUCAUCUCAUUUUCAACCAGGGGGCCGUCUCCGACCCAGCCUGUGACAAAAUCAUCAACUACAUUUCACUUCUUCUUUCUCACGGAGCAGAUGUCAAUGCUAAGCUGUCCUCAAAGACAUCUGACACGGCCCUUCACUUGGCCGUUUCUUCCAAAAUGCCCCGAGAAAGCAUUGUUUCCUUUCUUAUCAAAAAUGGUGCCUCGUUGGAUGCAAGAACAACAGAAGGAAAAACACCUUUGCAUCUGGCCGCUGAACGUGGUCGACACGAUAUUUUCAAGAUUCUUAUAGAAGCUGGAGCGGAUCCUUACCUGAAGACCGACCAUCCGUUCAAAGGUAACCUGAACAAAAGCAUGAAGGGGGAGAAUGCUUUUGAUUUGGCUCUUAGAAAUCCAGUGAGCGUACUUUGGUUUGAUGAUGCUGGGGGGGUUUAG